GGACAUAAUUCCAUGCUCAAAAUUAUCUCAAAGCUAGCUUUACAAAAUCUUUUCUUGGUUGAGCUUUGCUAGCUAGCUGGUCACUCUAUAUAUUAUCUCAUUUCCAAAACUAGAGAAUGGCAAGCAACAAUGUUGAAGCUCAGGUGCCAGAAGAAAUGCAAAACAAAGCCAUUGUGGAUACACUUUACAAGGCACUGGCACAUGGUGGCACCAGCACCGUCGUCAAACUGCUAGCAAGUGACCUGGAAUGGUGGUUCCAUGGGCCUCCCCGGUGCCAGCAUAUGAUGAGCGUGCUCACCGGGGAGUCAAGCCACACGGAAUUCAGGUUUGAGCCAAGGAGCAUCGAGGUGGUUGGUGAUUGCGUGAUUGCGGAGGGUUGGGAAGGAGCACAAGUGUAUUGGGUCCAUGUAUGGACUUUGAAAGACGGUCUGAUUACACAGUUUAGGGAGUACUUUAAUACAUGGCUCACUGUGCGGGAUGUGAAGCCACAAGGCUGGGAAAUUGGGCACGACAGCCACACUCUGUGGCAGAGCCACCCCAGGGACUUGGCACGCCGCUCCUUGCCCGGCCUUGUACUUGCCAUAUAGAUAUUAGGAAGCUACCGGUUCAAUGCUUGGGACAUUGCAUGCAUGGAAAUAGUCAAAAUGGACCUACGUUAAGCAUCUCUGUCUGUUUAACAGUAAAUUAUGUAACCGUGUUUUGCAAGUGAGCUAGCACAUUUAUUGAAAUGAAGGUUCUUCGUUAUUUA